UAAAACUUUGUACAGGGGCCUCACUUGCUCUAUUCCUCUCCAGCGACUCGCCAAGAUGAAGGUGCUGAUCUCCUGUCUGCUGGCUGCGGCGUGUCUCUUAGUCCCAGCCUCCACCCAGAACCGGACCGAGUGCUAUUUCUGCUACGAAGCGACAGAAGUCCAAUACUGCAACGAGAUCAAGACCUGUCCCAUGAACUUUACCAACUGCAAGACCAUCACACUGAGCGCAAACACGGGCUACCCCUACGACGGCUCAACACUGAUGGUCACCAGGGACUGUGUUAAACAAUGUACCAACAGCGACGAGGAAGACUUGGGCUCCGAAUAUGAAGUCUACUGCUGCCAAGGCGAUCUGUGUAACAAUCGGUAUGGAGUUGUGUCUACAGCCGCCAGCCACCGCGGGGCGUGGACCUUCCACCUGCAGAGCGGAGCAUAUGGCGGACUCAUGAUGGUCUUCAGUUUGUUCGUUGUUCUCUUCCCUUCUUGGGUCUGAUGACUUUUCCCGCUCUCUCCCCGGAGCGCCACCUAAUGGACUAUAUCUCCUCCACCAAUGAACUGUUCUACUCCAUUAUUCGACUCCAGAACAUUUUUUUUUUCUUUUACGUGGCCUAAGGAAAGGUUAGAGACUCUGUCACCUUUUUGUGUCAUUGAUUUCACCUGGUUUUAUAUCUGGGAUGCAGGAAAAUCCCACCAGAGGUUCUCGCUUUUCCCCCACUAAGAAAAAUGUGAAAGAUGUUAAAUUAUGUAUGUAAUGAUAAAGUAGAUUAAAUUUUAAAUUAUAAUAAGUCACGAAAA